CAGACCUGAGCUUGUCCACCAUCACAGUCUCACCAUACAGGUGCAACAGUACAGAGCAGAAAGAAGAAAGAUGAGCUGUUUUUGGUCAUGGAUUGCCAUGAUUCUACUGACUGCACAUGCAAACAUCGGCACUGCUCAAUACCCUUCUUGUCCAAGUUAUACAAACAAAUCUGAGCCAUGGCGGAAUGUUGGCUUUUGCUCCACCUUUUGUAAUAACACUGACAUUAAGCUGAAGGAGGGAUGGUACCGCUUCAUCGGUAUUGGAGGAGACCAGGUGAUCUCUUCCUGCGCACGUGCCCAGAUUAACACCGCUGGAAGCAUCACGAAUUACAAUUUAUUCACGUGUAACUCAAACAUCAACUACACGGAUUAUAUAACCUGCAGCCAAGGAUUCACUGUCUACUACCUCCGACCCACAAAAAGAACUUAUGCUACACGUCAUUCAUCCUGCAGCAAUUCCUCUUCCUGUGGAGACAAUGCUCAGUGCGGUGCUGUUUAUGGCAGCUGUGUGUGUGAACCUGGCUUAACAGUGUCUACAGACAUAAAGGGAAACAACACGUAUGGAUGCUCAGUUCUUAAAGUGUCACCUGGUUGCCAGACAGCAGCUUGCGCACAGGACUUUCUGAACAACAUUGAUGCAAUUCUAAACAAUACAGAUCAGCCUCUACCACAGACGACUGUGGAAUUGUAUUUGGGCGCAAUGAUGAAUAUUACAACUACCAUUACUGGACAAAAUUCUACUGACAGCAAGGAGUUAAUCGACUAUGGAAAUAAUUUACUGGCUGUCACUGGGAAACUGCUGUCUGCCCUAGUGGCACCAACAGACACCAACAGCACGACAAAAAUUUCCGUCAACGAUAUGGAGGCUCAAAUAUUUUCGGUUGGAAUGAACACUACCUUGGUGGAAAUCCCCCUGCUCUACGCAAAUGGUUCUUCCCUGAAUAUUGAUCUCGUUGGGAUUUCCCAGAAUAACAAAGGAUCAGCUUCUGCGAUCUUUGCGAGCUACGCGAGCAUGGGCAGCAUAUUGAAACCCAACUUCUUCAAGGCCACUACAAACACAACUAAAACCAUGAUGUCCACUGUGGUGUCAGCAACACUUCCUAAAACUGCCAACACAAAUCUCACCAAACCAGUCAGCUUCACCUUCAUGCACAGCAUUGCAUUAAACAGUGCGGGACAGCUCUCCUGUGUGUACUGGAAGGACACUGAAUGGGUUGAAAAUGGUUGUAGCAUCACAACGAAUAGCAGCAACUUCACAGUGUGCUCCUGUACUCACCUGUCUACCUUCGCUCUCAUCAUGCAGACCAACCCAGACAAUUUGCAGGAUGGUGAUGAUGAUCCUGUCAUGGAACUCAUUAACACAGUGGCUGUGUCCGUGGGGUUGGUGUUCCUCAUCUUGACUAUAUUGACUCUUGCUGUGUGCCAGCGAGGCCAGAAUGUGACCAACACAGCUUUGCUCAAUCUGUGUUUAAGCUUGUUUCUUGCGCACCUGUUUUUCCUGCUCACACAACAAUACCUGGAGACCGUAAAAAAAACAUAUCGGCUGUGUGUAGUGCUGGCUGGUGUCAUACAUUUCCUCUUUUUAUCAGCGUUUGUCUGGAUGUUGACUGAGGCGGUUUUGCUCUACAUCUUUGUGAAGAACCUAUCAAGGAUCACCUCAAAGCAGCAAGAGGUGCUUAGCUGGAAAUGCAUGCUUGUGAUCGGAUAUAUCAUCCCCCUGUCUGUGGUGGGCGUGACUUCUGGACUGUAUCCUGAUGCCUACGGUAAUGAUAGAUGCUGGCUUAAGACUAAAUUAGUCUGGAGUUUUCUGGGUCCCGUGACUUGCAUUCUUGCUAUCAACUUGCUUCUUUCUUGUGUGAUCACCGUAAAUCUCAGGAUGGCUUUAUCAAAGCUGGAUAGAAACGUUUCGCACCUAAAACACACCCGGACCCUUGUGUUUAAAACCCUGCUCCAGUUCAUCAUCCUUGGCUGCCCUUGGACCCUGGGCUUCUUCGCUGAGAACAGCCACUUAAUAAAAAUUGUCUUCCUGUUCUUCAAUUCGCAGCAGGGAACCUUCAUCUUCUUUGUUCAUUGUGUCCUCAACCAAGAGAUCAGGCAGCAGUACAGGAAGUGGUGGAUUGCCCUUCGCCACAGCUCCAUGUACAAGUCCAUGGCAGAAGACCAGAAGAGCACUUCAUAUUCACAUUCAAAGUAAUAUGAAACAACAUGAACGUCUUGUUUAAAGAACAGUCAGUGUGUCACAUGACCAAGGAAUAUUUCAGGAAGACAAAUAUGAAAGCGAAUCUAGCCCUAACCCUAACUGUAGCUGUUUUCACUCUUAAAUGUACUUUAAUCAAGAUUUGUAUGCGAAUAGUUGGUGAAUUUCGGCCGUCAUAUUUCGGCUAACCUUUUCUGUACAAAAUACGUAAUUACACUGAGAAUCUGAAAGGAAAUGAAUGACGCGAAACACACGAUACAGCUAUUUGUUUUUAUAUUCUUUGACUAGAUAGCUAGCGGUAACUUCACUCUGUACAACAUGUCAUACUGGACUACAAAAUCAUCUGUCUAAGUAUCUGAAUUCUUAUGAAAACCAGAAAAGAACCUAAAAUAAUCAAUUAUGAUGUUGUGAUGUAGGAUUUAGUCGACAACAUCGGUGGUUUGCUGUUAAAGGCCUUUAAUUUCACAAGCGUUUGUAAAUACGUUCAAAUGUUAACAUGUAAAUGUGGAAUAUAUAAUAACGUGAUAUAAUAAUGUAUCAUUUAUCAUUUUGUGUCUCAGAAGAAUAACGUAUAAUAACUGAAGCUCUUAAGCACAUUUGUGACAUUAUUUUAACUGAUCAUCUUAUUAUUUUAAGCAGUUUAAGAGAAUGUUUUUUUUAUUUUAACUACACAUUUCAGGGUUUUAAUUAUUAACUGGUAUAUAAUAAUAAUAAUAAUAAUAAUAAUAAUAAUAAUAAUAAUAAUAAUAAUAAUAAAUAGAAGAGGAAGAAGAUGGCACUUCAGCAUUUGUUUCAUAACUUUUUUGUGUAUUUUAAAAAAUAAUUUGCAUUUGUAAAAUUACAUUGUUAAAUAUAUAACGUUAAAGUAAAUACAUAAAGAAAAUCACAAAUAAUUAAACAUUUCUGUUUCUGCAUC